AUGGGGGGCGGGGCCGGGGCCACGCCGUGCACGCGGCGGCAUGGAGGCCUGGAGGGCUGUACGGUGCCGCUGGAUGGCUGCGGGCAGCUCCAGCCCCCCAGGGACGGUGACGGUGACAAGCGGCUCUACAGGCUGCGGGGGGUCCCAGGGGGGGCCAGCAGCACCCUCCUCCUGGCCCCUGACUCCCCCACCGGCCCCCUAACCUGCGCCCCCCCGCUCCAUGGCUGCCUCACCAUCACCGAGAGCUUCGGGCCCCCUCCCAGCGUGCCAGUGACCGUCCCGGUGCCCAAUCCACUGCCAGCCAAGAGGAAGAUGAUGAUAAUGAUGGAGACUCUGGAGGCACCUGAGGUGUCCACCCCGGAGAGGGUGGCACCUGGUGAGGGGAGGGAUCGCAGGCCGGGACCCCCCCCAGAUGUCGGGGUGGCUCCCGAAGAGCCAGAGGUGCCCAAAAAGAAGAAGCAGCAACACAAGGGGGAACAGCUGGAGUGACCCCCAUGUCCCCCCCCCCCCGAAGCCGUGUCACCGAUAAAUGCCAUUUAUUAU